UGUGUGAUAUGGGGUGAGAGAGGUGACACCGCGGUCUGACACUGCAUAACUGAGAGAAACAGGCCCAGCUCAGGGCUUUGGCCAGCUCAAUUAGCGUGACAUACUUUCCUCCGGGCUGCUGGACACAGCGGAUUAUGCCCUCUAACUUCUGCCGCGCUCUUUCCAGAAGGUGCGACAUUAACCAGACGCGCGAUUUUCCUUAAGAGCCCCUUCAAGAGCCAACACUACAGCGACCCGAGCCACGGUGGGACAUGACUGUGGACGGGGGUGUGGAGGGGUUUAUUCCCCAGAAGGAGAUUGUUUAUAACGGUAUGUUGCCUUACUGUGACCGCUUGGACCGGGAGGCCGCGGAGCUGCUGGCGGAGAUCAAAGCCAACCUGAGCAGGGCGGUUCUCCUCAGGGAGCUGUGGCCCGGAGUCGCCUUCUGGUCCAGGAAACUCUUCUCAUUUCUGAAGUUCUAUGGCCGGAGGUUCAGCAAAGAGGAUCACAUUCUCUUCAUCAAUCUACUCUAUGAGUUGGUCACGCUACCGAACCUGGAGCCCCACAUGAUGUGCAGCUAUGCCAGACUGCUCAUUCAGCUUCUCAAGAAGAAGGAGUUGCUGUCAAGAGAUGACCUUCAGCUACCAUGGAGGCCCCUCUACGAGCUGUACGAGAGACUCAUCUACUCCAAAACGGAGCACCUGGGUCUCGUCUGGUUCCCAAACUCAGUGGACCACAUAUUGAAGGCUUUGAUCAAAAGCUGCAGACUGUAUUUCCCAGCAUCCUCAACCAAGGAGAUGCUGGAUGAGUGGCGCCCCCUGCUGUGCGUGUUUGACGUGGUCAUGCAGAAGGCAAUCAGCAACAUGGAGCUGUUUCUGCCCACCAUCAUGCCCCCGCAGGAACACAGCCAGGGCUUCCAGUUGUGGUUUGAUGAGUUAAUGAAUCUGUGGAUGUCGGUGCAAAAUCAGCCGAGCUGGGAAGGGCACCUAGUGAACCUGUUUGCUCGGCUUGCCAACGAUAACAUCGGCUAUGUGGACUGGACUCCUUAUAUUCCCACAAUCUUUACCAGAAUCUUGCGAAGUUUAAACCUUCCGGUUGGGGUCAGUCAGAUGGUGGCGCCGAGAUACCUCAUCAACUCCUACGACAUUGGAUACUUGGUUUUAUGGAUCACGGCACUGCUGGGCGGACCAGGAAAUCCUGCACAGAAAGAACUGACCUGCCUCUUCAACAGCAUUGCCUCCUUCUUCCACCCCUCCAACCACGGUCGCUGGCAGUCUCGACUGAUGAGGCUGCUGCAGCGACUGCCAGCUAGCGUCGUACGCCGCGUGCAUCGGGAACGCUACGCUGGAUCCAGCUGGAUCACUCCGGUGCCCGAGUGUCAAAAACUGACAGAUGCAGACCUGCAAGAGUUCACCCGCAGCCUCACUGGCGCCGCCCUCUUGGCCAUGUUCAGCAAAACUGGCAGCACAGAUGCAGCCUAUGCUCUCCAGAACCUGGCUCUGCUCACACCACAACUCGUCAUACCGCCUGUACUUGAAAAGACCUAUGCGGCGAUGGAGACCCUGACGGAGCCGCACACGCUCACCGCCACCCUCAGCUGCAUGAUCGGCAUGGCGCGCAGCCUCGUUUCCCCUGACAACCGCUACCCAGAGGGCCGCGCUCACGUGCUCCCAUUGCUCAUGGGCUCUCUCCCGGGGGUGGACCCCAACGACUUCAGCAAGUGCAUGAUAACGUUCCAGUUCAUCACCACCUUCACCACCUUGGUGCCUUUAGUGGACUGCUCAUCUGCUCCGUUUCGACAGACGGAUCUCACCGAGAUUGAAAAAGAUCUCUGCUUUGCCUCAGCCGGCUUUGAAGACUUCGUGCUGCAGUUUCUGGACAGAUGUUUUGCUCUCAUAGACAGCAGCACUCUGGAGCAGACGAGAGACGAGACGGAGACGGAUACCCAGACUCAUUUGGAGAGCCUGGUGGAGCUGGGACUGUCUUCCACCGUUAGUACGAUCCUAACACAGUGCUCCACAGAAAUCUAUGAGGUUGCGUUGCAGAAGCUGUACAACUUUGCCACCUCCAGCAUCUUUGAGACGUGUGUGUCAGGCAGAAUGGUGGCCGACAUGUGCAGGGCUGCAGCAAAGUGUCAUCCUGCUGAGUCUCUCCGUCUGUUCGUCCCUCACUGCUGCAGCAUCAUCUCGCUCAUUACUGACAAUGUGGAGCUGCAGAACGAAGAUGAGCUGGAUAAGGAGCUGCUGUGGAAUCUCCAGCUGCUCUCUGAGGUAAUCCGUGUGGAUGGCGAACAGCUGCUAAAAUACCAAGGGGAGCUGGAGCGCAUCCUGCGCGUGUGUGUGCAUCUUCGCUGUAAGCAGGCCUACACACUCGCUUGCAGCUUGCUGGAGCACACACUCCGCUCGCUGUCUCUCAUCUAUCCCACCGAGUACCGCAGCACCUCUGGGGGCUUCGAUUCCGACCUCCCCAUCCGGGACUGGGGCCGAGCCGGAGAUGUGGCAGCGUUGGGUGUGUGUUGGCAUGUGCCGUGCCAGGAGGAGGAAAACUUUGUUUUCCAGCUGCUGUCGUCGCUCCUGCAUCCCCAGCUGCAGCGAAUCAAAGGCCACGUGUCUGGAGCUCAGCCAAUGACCAGGGAGGAGUUGUGGCAGAGCUUAGCGAUCGUGCAGCACUGCCUUCUCGGAGCUGGGAGCAUGCUGCCCCCUUUGGAUGGCGCACACGUCCCUGACCUGGUGCCCUCCAUGGUGAAUCUGGGGGAGAUCAAACUGCACGUAGGUGUCGAGUAUGAUGAUUCAUGGGAAAACUACAGAGUGUCCAUCUGCCAGACCAUGAGACUUCUGCUUCAUCACAUCCUGGAGCACUCGGAAGAUGAUACAAAAUCCCUUUUUGUCAUCAUUAAGGUGCCCGAUCCUUUAUUUCUGCCACAAUCACUCUAGGGGAUGUCAAACUCC